AUGCCUUACCCUGGCGAUUUCGUCGUUCUAUCGCUCAACCCUCUACUCUCCGUGGCACAUCUCGAUGCUCAAGCACGAAAGGAGGCCGCUGCCCUGCAUUCUGCAAGGUACAUCGCCCUAGUCAAAGGCGUAGGACAGGGACUGCCUCUCAAGACGAAGCCAACGAACGAGUAUCUCAUAGUGCCUGUGCGGGACACCGGAAGGCCAGCCUCAUACCCAGACGACGCGAGGUUUUGCCUCACGCCAAAGAUCGCGUCUCAGCUCGCGCUACCAAUAUCGCCUUACAGACGAGAUGGUGAAGAGGAGAGUUGCAUGCCGAUUGUGCCCACUGCCGAUUUCAUCCGUUCUGAAUGCGAGCUUGACCUUGCUUUCGGCAGCCUUCGCGUGCGAGUGACCACUAGUAGAAGAGACUGUUCCGAUGUCCUAUCGCUACCAACAUCCGAGCUCGUCCGCUUAAGCCAUCUUCAGCAUCGUGCUCUGGAAGCUCGGGAGAGCCUGGUAUCAUCUGGCGGUAUUGCAACAGACUUCGACCCACGGCCUGUUCCCGAGAUCGUCAAUCAACAAUUCUCCCCUAUCAUCUACCCACGUGGCGAGGACUGUGAUGAUCUGGAAUCUAUCUCUGGCAUAUUCGAACACGAUUCUUCCUCUGACAUGCACGAAUCACUCGACAUGGACGAAGCGCUCAGAUUGUUCUCCGCUCUUUUGAAGCAUAGUGGUUCGAAGAACGUUCCAGUCGUGGACGUUCAGUACGACUUAUCGUCCGUGAAACAUAUCCCUGACCCCAGCGACUUCAUGCGCGAGCGAUGGGAGUUAUAUCAAAUCGUGGAACGCGCAACGCUCAGGAUGUUGUCUGGUUCAUCGGAUAGCUCGAGCGAGGAGUCAGAGGGAGCGAUGCCGAACGAAAGGCUUUACAGACCUCAUCAUCAUCACGCCGACGCCAGCAGACCUGGGCUAUAUCAAGUUCGACAGCCAGCGGAAUCACCGUAUGUCGCUCCU